AAGCCUUGACAAUACUGCUUGAGUCGUGUCAGUCAGCUGUGUUUGUAAAUAUUAGUAGCUAAGGAGUAAACGGAACGGUUCAUUUACUUAACAUAUUCUGUGGGCAAUCCAUUACUUGGUAUCGAUUUCUCAGUUUUCUUCGCCUAAAACAGCUUCAGUCAUGGCAGAUGGAGGUUUUGAUCCUUGUGAGUGUAUCUACACUCAUGAAAUGGCAAUGCGUCGUUUAUUGUCUUUACUGAGGCAGUCUCAGAGCUACUGUACAGACACGGAGUGUUUUACCGAAGCACCUGGUCCUCAAGAAUCUGCUGGCUCAGAUAGUAUGCUGCUAUUUGCAAUGGUAUGGACACUCUUAGCAAUGGUUCUUUUCUUUUUGCGACCAGCAUCGUUACGAGGUAGUUCAGAUUCAAAACCUACAAACAGUCAACAGGAUGGUGGUUCGCCUCCAGCACCACCUACUGCCAACUAGCAACCUCAGUCCUGACCACUAUUAUCAACACCUUCAUCCUUAAGUGACCUUUCUUUUGACAUACAUACCAAGAAUUUUUUAGGAAUAAUUUUGGAAUCCUGUUGUGUCCAGAUCAGUUUAGUUUUGUUUUUAAAGGUUAAGUUUUCAAAAGUCUUUUGAGUGAAUAAUAAUGCUGCUGCUCUUAUUGCUUCAUACAAGUAAAUAUCUUGAAGUUAUUUAGACAAUCAUACAUAACCUUGUAGGGGUACUGAAUGUUUUAUAUACAGUAUUGCACAUAUCUUUUAAUGUCUGAAAUGUGCAUUGCAGAAGUAUUAAUGUUAAAUGUCAGAGCCUUCCAAUUAGUAUAAAUAAUUAUGGGAAAUUAAGAUUAUACACGUAUGUUUAUAUUUGUUGCAUUGUAAAUUGUCAUUCAAGUCCCAAUUGUUUGAAUUGAAACAAAAGCAUUAGAUAUUGAGGGAAAUUCAAAGCGAAAGAAUUUGACAGAUGUAAGUAUGGGGCAAGAGUGCAAGAUGUAUUAUGUACAUUAAUGAUUUUUAGUUAUAUAAUGUUCAGCCUCUGUUUACUCCAGAAGUAACCCAUUUAUAUGGAUUAGGUUGCAACACCAAAAUUAUCAUUUCACUGCUCUGCUUCAGCUUUUUAAAAGCUAUAAAUAAACUUAGAACUACCUAAAUGCUCGAAAGUUUAAAACUGCAACCAUUGAAGAAUUUAAGGAUGAUCUUUUUUAUACAGUACUUAAGUAUUUCACAAAUAUUCCUGAAAAUAAUUAGAUAAUUAAAUUAGGAAGUUGAAUCUUGUUAAAAUUAGAAAAAUUUUUCAAAAGUCAGACCUGCUGUACAAGUUGUUUUAAUAAUCUAGAGUGCUAAGCUGUAAGGGAUUAAAAUUGAGAAAGGCUAAUUUUCAUUGUGGUAGUGAAGAAAUACGGUAGGAAUCUGCAAUAUUGUUGCAUUUGUUAAAAUAUAUUUCAAGGAUGGAUAUUUAAAAAUUUUUAAAAAGGUGUGGUUUUGUCAUAUCCCAUAAGGAAUGUGUUAAGUGAAUCACAGGAAUAAUUUCAAAGUACUAGGAUGGUCUCUAACUUGUUGAGUAGUGCCCUGCUAAGUAUAUUUUGAUGUGUAUCUUUUUAUGGAAAAAAAGUAGUUAUAAUUUUAUGCACACAUGUCCAUCCCAUGUUGGGGUUUAGAGUACAACUGGACGAACGAGAAUUGAUAUUGUUUAUAUCAUCUGUGAUAUGACACCUUUUUUUUUUUUUUUUUUUUUUUUUUUUUUUUUAACUACUUUUAGAGCCUAUGUAUGUGUGUGUUUGCUGGGCCCAUGUAAUUUAAAGUAUUUCUGUUGCAUUUGUUUAUGUACUGUUUUUAUCAUGCAACUGUUGAUUAUGUUUAUUACAUUUGAAGUUAAAAGUAACUGGAAGUUUUCAUAUUCUAAUGCUUGUGUUUGUUACUAUUUUAGCAAGCUGCAAAGUUUUAUUAGUUACAGUUGUAUUUUGAAGGCUCUACUAAUAAUUUUAAGUUUAUGGUGGAUACAACUUUUGGGUUUCUAAGUACUGAUAGUAGAGUAGCAGUUUCAUUUUUGUUCUUACACUGUUUCUUGCAAUUUUUGGGUAUGGUAUAAAAAAAAAAAAACAUUGUUACAGAAAUGGUGGUUUGAAAUUAUUUUCCUUCUAUGUCCAGAAACAUUUGAUGGUACUUUUUGUUUAUGAUUUCUGCUGUGUAACAUACUUUUAUUUUUUGUCAUAUUACUGCACAAACUCAUCCAUCAAUACUCCAUAUUCUGCCCCACCAAAUUAAUGAAGUUCAAAAUGCUUCAUAUAUUGCACAAAUCAAAUUUACACUUGUAACUACAAGUUUGAAGUUCUCCCCCACAAGAUUGCAUUAUGCCCCAGGUAAAUUUAUUGCCACCUGUUGUUAUAAAUAUAGUACAAUUUAGUGAAUGCCCUAUUCCUAUUGAGUAAUGUACUUUAUUUCUUAAUAUUUUCUCUUGAAAGUGUUCCAGGUUGUGGCACCAUAUACACAGUAUAUAUCUUUUUCUUUGCAAUAUAUUUAAUAAGACUUGGGUGAAAAUAUAUAUAGUUUGCAUUUCCAAGUAAUAUAUAUAUUUGAUAAACAUAGUAUUUAAGUUUCCAUAUUAAUAUUCAUAUAUUAUAGGUUAAUUUACAUCAGUCACUAAGAUGAUCCAGAAAAAGACAGAAAAAUAAUGCCCUCAUUUUGUGGGCCCGAUGAGGGAGAUCAGUUAUUAAUUUUUUUUCCAGUUAUUAUUUAGUUCAUUGAAAAAGUAUACAUAAAUUGCUUCAUUAUGUUCUGUUUCAGUUUGUAAAUUCAACAUUUUUCUAUUAGAUAUUUGAUAAACCAACGGAUAACACACACAAUAUAAUUUGUUGUUAACCUCUUGAACUCAAUUUAUUUGUUAAGGUUCAUACAUGACUGAGAUUGUUUUUAUUUUAAAUGCUGAAAGUACUGUUAAGUUUUUCAAACCUCCAUAUUAUUUACAAGUAUUUAUACCAAUGGAUACUUUAGCCACAGCCAUAUGGUUACUGGUACAAAAAUAUUAAAAGCAGCAAAAUUAUAAUCAUGCCCUUAAAACUUUCAGCAUUUAAAUAUUAACCCGACAUAAAACUUAUCCUGUUUAGGAAGAGGAAAGACUGAGACAGUAAUGAAUUCAUUACCUUUGUGCUGUCUAUUUUGCAGACAUUCAUUUUGCAUUUUGAUACUUCAACCCUCAAAUAUAUUUUCUAUCAUGAAAAUUUUACUUCCUCACGAAGCUUCUUAAACACUAAAAUGUUCUCAACUCAUUCUUUGUCAUUAUUUUCAAAUGUUUAUUCAAGCAUGUUCAGUUUUUGCACAUUGUAAAGUAAAAUAUUUAAUCACA